AUGUCCUACCUUCUCAAGGGCGGAAUCAUUGCAACAUUCACUGCUGGGGCGGACAAGCCACAAUGCUGCAAGUCCGAUAUUCUCGUCGAGGACUCGACCAUCACCCAGAUCGCUGAGAACAUCAACGCUGGCCCCGGAGUCGAGGUAAUCGACUGCGAGGGAAAAUGGAUCUCACCAGGAAUGAUUGACACUCACCGCAGGCACAUACAAUCGGCCUUGACCGCAGACGAGGUCCACAUUGGCCAACUCGCAGGAUGUCUCGAUGCGCUCCAUUCGGGAGUGACAACACUUCUGGACCACUUCCAUGCAGCCACUACUCCCGAGCACGCGAAUAAAUGCCUUGAGGCUACAAUUAAGUCUGGGGCGAGAGUUAUCUGGUGCCCCGCCCGCCAGAGUGGCCCUACCCAGGUUUUCCCCACGCUAGAGUGGGCGAACGAUGGAGAAGCGGCGAAAUGGCAGAUGGAGAUGCUGCGGGAAUUGGGGACCAAGGACGGCGGUAAGCUGACUGCGGACGGUAGGGUGACGCUUGGUCUUGCAUACGAUCUUGUCGGUAUGGGACCCGUGAGUGUCCACCAAGCAGCGAUAGAAUUUGCACGAGAGAUACCUGUGGCACUUAUUACGGCCCAUGUUGUGAAAGCUCCACGAAUCUUGACUUUCCGGGAUGCCGGUCUGCUUGGACCGGACAUCGUGUUCUCGCACUGCAACUGCCUAUUUGAGCGUACGGACCCUGACGAUGAGAUGUGGGAGGCAAUGAAGGAGCAUGGAUGUGCUAUCGCUUCGACACCCGUGGAUGAGCUUGGCAUGGCGCACGGCAGACCCGUCGCGAUGGAGGCUGUCCGCAGAGGAGUCAAGUGCGGCCUGGGAGCGGAUUGCCUAUCAAUAAACGGUGGACGCACCCACGAAGAAAUCGACAAGCACGGGCUCGUAUCGCCUAGAAAUAACAAACAUCACAGCGCAGAUGCAUUCCGACUUGCCACACUUGGUGGUGCGGAGGCUCUGAACAUGCAGGACAUCAUUGGCUCCAUCGAAGUUGGCAAAAAGGCCGACCUCGUCGUGUUCGACACGGACUCCGUCAAUUUGGCUGGCAUUAACGACCCCAUUUCCGGCAUUACGUUCCACGCGACGAAUGCUGACGUAGAGCUCGUCAUGGUGAACGGCGAGAUAGUCAAGCGCGACCAUAAGCUAACCAAAGUAGAGUGGGGCCCGGUGGGCCGUGAGUUGAAGCAGAAGGCGGCAGAAGUGCGGGAGCGGUUCCCGCCCGAACGCCUGGAGGCGCUUUGGUCGAAGUGGUAUGAUAGUAACGGAGCGCCUGUCAUCUGA